AAAGCAAUGGCUUGGGUGCGUUUUAACCUGCUUGUUGUGACUUUGAUAUCCAGCUGGCUCAAGGCUCUGUUACAGUAUAUAAAAGAUCCCGCAAAAGUACCAGACGUUGUCACUGAUCCAGAAAGGAGGCAAUGGAGCAGUCUUUGGCGGGAUCCAAAAAACGGAUGGUUUGAUGGUGGAAAUCAAACACAUCCCAAAGACAAAGAACGUCUUUAAGCAGCUUGUGGACGCAGCAGUCACGAUGCACGCUGCAAAUGUCUUCCAUCGUGACAUCAAGAUGGAAAACGUCCUCAUUGAGACCAGCUCCAAGGUUCCACGAGUGUGGAUCAUCGAUCUCGGAAACGGCUGCCUUAAGACCUCCUCAGUGUACAAGAACUUCUUUGGAACCACUGAACUUGCUCCUCCAGAACUUGCUGCACGUGGGGAGUACAAGGCCGACCCCACCACAGUUUGGCAGCUCGGGACUGUGCUUUACGAAAUUGUGGUCAUUUUGAACCGUAGGAAUUCUUCCUGCAUAGACAAAUUGAUGCAAGGCUCUCUCAUACCUGUCAAGAACUUCUGAGCGCAUGCCUGACAAGAGACCCCGACGCCCGUGUUGCUCUGUCCCAGCUUCAACAGCACCC